CGUUUUCGUACCUACGUUACUACAGUAGUAUUUCCAUAAUCUUUUUCUUUUUUGUCAUUUGCUUCGCAAAUUCAGUGGAUUCUCAGAGAGUCGGCARACUGUGACGUUGGCCGUGAAGACCCUGGGCUCGAGAUUUGCCUUGUGCGUACCUUGUUGCACAGAAAUCAAACUACUUAAUCAAUUUAUGGAAAGGACACAGGAAAAUGAUGGUUCCUUCCUUGAACCACUUGCAUGUUCUUCGGAAAGAACUAAAAGUCCAAACGUAUUCAAGAAACACUGUCGUUCAUUCGUCGGGGUUCUACUUGCAUUGCUGUCCACUUUAUCAGUUGUGAUAAUGAACGUAUUUGCAAAACUCUGCCUUAUUCUUCCUCCUUUUGAAGUUGGAGCAAUUGGAUUUUUAGUUYAUCUUUUAUUGACGACACCACCUGUGAUUUACGCAAACCAUUCGCUUGUUUAUCCACCGAAGGUCAUUGCACUUCUUGUUUUGAGAGGAUUUUUUGGAUCGAGUGCAAUGUUAGCUCGGGUUUACUCCGUGCAAAACAUGCCUUUGGGGGAUGCUAUUGUAUUGAAUUUUACAUCCCCAGUAUUCACAGCCGUUUUGGCAAGGAUAUUCUURAAGGAGCGUUUACAUUGGAUCUAUUCGAUUCUUCUUCUAUUGUGCUUGGCUGGUGUUUGUCUCAUUGCACGACCAACAUUCAUCUUUGGACAUCCAGACASUGCUCCUGAGUAUGAUAACGUGUUGAUACCCUCUCUUGUUGCUUUGCUAUCAGCUGUAUGCUCAAGUUGUGCUAUGGUAGCAGCAAGACUACUURUAGCAACAUACAAGGUCCCAUCCAGUGUGAUAUUAUUAUACUUUGGCUUGGUUGGACUUGUUUAUUUAAUUCUUGGGUCAUACUUUGACAGAGGAUUCCAGUUUCCAUUUUGUCAAAGUAUCGAGUAUUUGUUUGCAACAUGUGUAGGGCUUUUUGCAUAUCUGGCUCAGUUUUUUCUUAACGGAUCACUAAAAUAUGAAAAAGCCUUUAUUGUAGCGCUUUUACGGAGUUCAGGAACUGUAUUUGGGUUUAUCUUCCAAAUAAUAAUUUUUUCCCUUAUUCCAGACUAUUUAAGCUUUUGUGGGGCAUCAAUGAUAAUAUUGUGUAAUUUUAUCAUUUUUACUUUGAAGUGGUAUCAGAAUAAGAACCGCUUUGGAAGAUAAGAAAGUCAUAUUUUUGCUUAUAUAAUAAAUACUUUAGUUUACAGCGUGCAGACGGGUAAAAAACUAGACGGCACAAAAAGUUGACCUUGACGGCGGGAGACAAAUAAAGGAUUUUUUUCAACGAUUCAGUGUAUAUAGAUGAUAUUUACAUGGACGCGCGCGGAAAUAACUGUCACUCGUGAGAUAUCGAUUUAACACUCGAAGAUAAAAUUAGAAUUUCCAAGCGGUCAUGUGAUGUUCUAUUUAUCCAUAUCGAUCUAUUAUAUAAAUAUUGAUCUAAUUGUCAAACACAUAAGAUAUAAUAUCUUUUCAUGGCUCA